AUGUGUUUUGAAUGUGAUAGCUGGUUUAACGACCCAGCAGAACCUCAGGAACUACUACGAUGUGAUCCAUUGAUGUUUCGCAAUGCUCCAAUCAAGGCAGGGUUUUGCCCAUUCUGUUUAGGCAAUGCGAACCUUCCUCCAGCAAAGCGAAUGAACCAGUUCAUCAUCGACCGCGCGAAGUGGCAUAGUCAUGUCGAAGCCCAUUUGGCUAAGGUAAAGGAGUAUGACUAUUAUCAUUGUGAUCAUCCUGCUUGCUCAAAGAAAUUUGAGAAUUUUCACGAUUUAGUACUUCAUCUCGUCGACACACACUGCUAUCAACCUCCUCGUGGGCACAAGAGAUCAUGGAUUGAAUCAAAUAGAGAAUAA